UGACUGGACUAAUCAUCAAGAACUGAUUUCCUACAAGACUGGUCAGCCCGAGUCGAAAGCAGAGAAUUGGAUGAAAAUUUAUUAGGAAGUGUGUAGAUGGAGGGCAGAAGGUUAUCUCUGACAAUAUUGAUAGUAGCCUACAGCAGCCUCAGCUACCAAUAGUCUAAAUAGUGAUGGAGCAUUAUUCCAAUAACUUGUAUCCACUUGCUGAUAACACCGCAGAUGACGUUAAUUAAUGUCAGUCGACUGACAGCCAUCUAGGAGAAAGUAUCCAGCAGAUAAUCAUGUCUUGUUUACGGCAAAUAUUCAAACUUUGCAUCUUAUCGGCUUUGAUCUCAGUCUCAUUCAGUGAGGAACAGGCUUGUCCUACGUUCACUAAAUCAGAGGAUGUCACCAAGCUAACCGGAACCUGGUACGUCGUCCGAGGAAUUGAACAUAAAGCAGUGAAGCAGAGUGUGACAAACAAAGCCGCAAAAUCAUGUCCACAAUUGAAGAUCGAAAUCGAGGCGUCCUCUGAAGUGAAGAUUUCUUGGCUCAAGAAAAAUACUACAACAGAGCAAAUCAACUAUUUCCGCAUCAAAGGAGACAAAUCCAACAUAUUGAUUAAGCAAAGUAAAGAAGGAAAUAAACAAAGCAUCGAGCGUAUUCAAGUUUUGAAGUUGGACGAUAACUACAUAACGAUUACGAUGUGUGACCUCGGGAGCCGAGUUGCCAGCGCUGUUUUGAGCCGAAAUCCAGUGUUUGAUGACUCACAUGUGUCAAGAGCUACAAAUUUACUAACAGCUCAAGGACUGAGUGUUCCAAAUGUCUAUAAUAGGUGUACUGGUUCAUGAAAAGUUUGAACAAUAUAAUUAUUUUCUAUAGUACGAAUAAUAUCUUCUUCCAUAGAGCUCCGAAUCUAUUAACAGCUGAAGGGAUGAGUGUUCCAAAUGUCUAUAAUAGGUGUACUGGUUUAUGAAAAGUUUGAAAAAUAUUAAUUUGUUGAAUAUUAAAUAAUUUUCUAUAGUUAAAAUUAGUUAUUUGUAUAUCUAGAGUGAAAAGUUCUUCCUGUGGGAAAAAGUUUGAAGCCCGAGGCAAAGCCAAGGGCAACAAUUUUCCUGAGGGAGAAAAAGUAUUUUCCGCUCGUGAUGCACACAAAAUUUUUCCUCCAUCUACAUUUUUUUAUAGAAACUGCAAAUAAAAUCAUUCUAAUAACUUACGUAUUGGUGACAAUGUUUCCUAACAACAUAACCUAAAAUCUAAAACCUAAAAACCGGUCGUCUGAUUGGCACUGCCGAUUGCGCUAUCUAUCGGCAAAAGUUGUAACAAUUAUAUCAGCUGGGCAGCUACCAAAAAUGGCUGACUCCAGAUCUCGUGGUUCAGAUUUGAAUUGCAGAUCAAAAAUAUUUGUUAGCUGGUAUUUUGAAUAGAAUAAAUAUUUUUAAAAUUGUAUAAAUUUUUAUUGUCUACUAAUAUUAAGAAUAUAAUAUCAUACAAACAUAUAUUUCAUGAGUUGAUCAAAUUUCUGGUUGUGGUAUUGAAUUCAGUUGACUCAAUGACAGACACUUCUAUUAUGCUUUCUCAUCUGAGCUUAGACUUUCUAACUUAUUACCAUCUUAGACCAGUUAUAGAAUAGACACGCUGGGAAGUCUAGCCUCUGAAGACAACAUCUACUGCCAAAUCCACCCAUCUUGACGUCACAACCAAGCUAACAACAAUGCAUUGUUCAACAACAAUGUAAGUUACACACCACAAACACUUACACAACAAACUCAAAAAAGUUUUCUAUAAUUUCUUUACGAUGCGUGACGUCACUGUUGUGACGUCAAGAUGGGUGGAUUUUGCUUCAUCGACUUUCAGUAUGAAUAUACAAUGAGCCGUGUCUAUUCUAUAACUGGUCUAAGAUUACCAUGUAAGUUUUUUAAAUAGAGAUGCUUCCCAUGUUAUUUAAAUGGAGCCACUUUUCCUCCCUAGGGAGUUUUUCUGUUUUUUACUACCGAAAGCGAAAAAGUGACACUUUAGUAUUAUGUUUCAGGGAGUAAAGCUAGUACUUUUUAGACAGUAGGUGGAGGAAAAAUAUAUUUUUCCAGAGAAAUGUUGAUACUAUGUUUAUUUUACCGUUGAUAAUACAUUUUUCAUGACUAGUAGGAAACCCGUGAUCCACAAGGAUCUAUUUUAAAACUUGACGUAAUGAAGUCUUGAAGAAUUGAAAAUCGGCCUAUAACCAUUCCCGGUUGAUUAAGAAUCUAUAUGCAAAAUUUCAAGUUAAUCAGUUGAGUAUUUCAGACGUGAUGAUGCGUCAAACAUAAUUAUUCUAUCUUGUACUUGUAUGAGCCAGUUCUUUCCUUUAUCAUAUUAUAAAUAAAACAUAAGAUUUGUAAUCAAGAAAACCUACUGUACGUAAAAAAUAUGACUAUAUUGGAUAAGUAGCCUACAUACAUUUCUCAAUUACAGAAAGCAUUUAAAUGCUGGAUUGAUUCAGCGAAAAAUUAUUUUGUUUCUACAAAAUAUAAAAAUCAUUGUGCCUCAUUUUAUACAUCUUCAUUAAACGGAUUUUGAUUGUGA